AUGCAUGAUCGUGAUGAAUUGCGUGCGUUCGUACAAACGUAUACUCCACAAUUAAAUGAUCAACAAAAAGAUGCAUAUGACAAAGUGAUGCAAGCUGUCAAUAACAACACUGGUGGAUUGUAUUUUUUGGAUGCACCUGGCGGCACUGGAAAAACACUUUUGAUUUCAUUGAUAUUGGCAACGAUUCGGUCGGAACGAAAAAUCGCAUUGGCACUUGCUUCUUCCGGUAUUGCAACUACAUUACUUGAUGGCAGCCACACAGCACAUUCCGCCUUGAAAUUGCCAUUGAACAUGCAAGCAAUUGAAACACCAACAUGCAGUAUUUCAAGGAGUUCUGGAAUGGCUAAAGUCUUGCAACAAACAUCGAUUAUUUUAUGGGACGAAUGUCCAAUGGCCCAUAAAAAAUCUUUGGAAGCCUUAAGUCGAACAUUGCAAGAUUUGAGACAGAGUCAACAGCUGUUUGGCGGUGCAUUAAUAUUGUUAUCUGGUGAUUUUCGUCAAACGUUGUCUGUUAUUCUGAGAUCAACACCAGCUGAUGAAAUUAAAGCAUGUUUGAAAAGUUCAUUUUUGUGGGCACACGUAAAAAGGCUUUCGUUGACGACCAAUAUGCGUGUGCGUCUUCAAAAUGAUUCAUCAGCACGUGAGUUUUCAAAGCAAUUGCUGAAGAUUGGCGAUGGAAAAAUUGCAAGUGAUCAAAAUGGGUUUAUCAUGUUACCGAAUAAUUUUUGCAUAAUUGUAUCAUCCAAACAAGAACUCGUUGAUCGCGUUUUCCCAAAUAUUGUUCAAAAUUACAAUAACCAUGAUUGGUUACGAAAACGUGCAAUUUUAGCACCAAAAAAUAUCAAUGUCAAUGAAAUCAAUUUCCACAUCCAGGAAAAAUUGCCAGGUGAUUCGGUAACGUAUAAAUCCAUUGAUACUGCUAUGAAUAGUGAAGACGCAGUCAAUUAUCCGGUCGAAUUUUUAAAUUCUUUGGAACCACCAGGCAUGCCACCGGAUAAUUUGAAUUUGAAAGUUGGUUCAUUGAUUAUACUUCUCCGAAAUCUUAUUGCACCGAGACUUUGUAAUGGGACGAGACUUUCAGUGAAGAAAUUGAUGCCAAAUUUAAUUCAAGUAAUAUACUGUACUGAAAGAAUGCCACGUGCAAGACGAGUAAACAUUGGCAGACGUUCACGUCAAUCAAAUGCUACAGCGUUAAAUCGAAGAUCACAAAGUGAAGAAGAUCAUGUUCGACGAAAUGAAGUGGAAACACAACGACACAGACGGAGAAAUCAGUCGGUUAAUAGUGAAGCACCAAGAAACCGUCGUGGGCGUACGUCCGUUUAUGAUAUACGUCAAAUGGAACGCGCGGCUUUCAAUUACGAUGCCACCAUUGAUUACAGCAUGCAUGCCUACAUUGGCUAA